CGAUUCAGCAACUGACUCCAGAGGAGGUGGCAAGGUUCAUUCAAAGUGGGAAGAUGGAGGUGUGCGGAAAGCUCAUCACCGUCAACGAUGUCAAGGUGGUGCGCAAGAUCAAGGAUGGCUUUACGGAUUUUGAGAGCAACACCGACAACGAUGUGGUGGUACUUUUGGACAAACGCGAGGAACAGGCUCUGGUGGAUUCCUGGCGGGCGCGGGAGUUUGUCAACCGCGUGCAGCAGCUGCGCAAAAAGGUGAAGCUUGUGGUAACAGACAUGGUGGACGUGUACUUUGAGUCAGAGGACGUGGAGCUCACGAACUCUAUCCUCAAUUGUGCAGAACAGGUCAACAAGACCAUUCGGGGCAAAUGGGAGACGAUGGAUAAACUACCGGCAGACGCGAAAUUUGUUGCCGAAGAGGACAACAGCAUUUCCGGUGUUGGCAUUAAAAUUGUCUUCACGGAGGUUUCGGCCUGA